AUGGCGACAGCUCCCGACGACAGUGUUUCCUGCCGCAAGCUCCAGGACCAUUUUGCGACGCUGGAAGCCAAGUGUCAAGCAGAAGAAACGGCACUGCAGGCCGCGACCCUGCGCGAUCGCGCCUUCUUACACGAGUUUGACGAACGCGCGCUGCGUAUCAGACAAGAACUGCGGGCCGUUCAGCGCGACGCAGAGGAAUUCAUCUUCCACAUGGACUGCAGACACUCGUUGGGGGAACAUAGACAGCGCUUGCCCAUCCGACGCAGGGUGGAGUCUAUCGUCAAGAAGACGGCAGAGGGAGCCAACAAGUACGCGCGGAUGCUUGGCGCCUUUGACACCGCGGAUGUAGGACGACGCGCUGGGGAGUUGGAUGGAAAGGCGGCGAGGGCGUCGGCGCAUAGUGGAAGUGCUAAGGCGGCUAGCAGGGAUGGCGUGAACAGGUACAUGGAUGCGAGUGUGGAUGGACGUGCAAGAGAAGAUAAGAAGGAUCAAGAAUGGGAGUUGGUCACAUCUUGA